AUGGAGGCGCUGCUGGAGCUAGAGAAGGUGCAGAGGGUGCUCUCCCUCAUGGGCUCCCGCGGCCUCUCCGACUCCGACGGCAGCGGCGGCGGGGACCGCUUCCUCGCCCACUUCCUCCUCUUCCUGGCGCAACCGUUUGAUUCACUUGCCAUUGAGAAGAAGGUCGUAUUAAUCUCUGAGCUUUUGAGAGAGGUUAAUUCUGAUACACUCAAAGAAGUUCAACGUCUAGCCAGUCUGGAAGGUACUAAUAGGGAAGAUGAAAGAUUAUGUCCUUUAAUAUCGAGCCAGCCAACUAAGAAGUUCAAGACGGAUGCCGAGAAAUUAACCAUUCAGGAUGCGCCUAUGAUUGGAUUCGAUGCCAUGAUGAGAGCCAAUUCCACACUUGAAGAUUUUUGCAGGUCAUACUUCAUAUUUCAUGGUUUGGAUGUUAACAGACCACACUCUGUUUUCAAGUUUCUUCCUUUACUUUCUUUUACAGAGAGCUACAUAUACCAGUUAGAUGCUUCAAAUGAAGACAGUUUGCUAUUAGUUCCAGACAACAACUCUUCUUCAACAGUAUUGGAAAGGAAAAUACAAGGUUCUAGUCAGAUGUCCUUGUCUGACAUGCUUGACCCCCUUGAUAAUUUUCUUCAAUGCCAGGGGUUAAUGACAGAUCAAUUGCGAAAUGAACUCAAAUCUGGCAUCCAAUAUUGGUCUCUAGAGAGGAAGCUUUGUCAAGCAUUAUCAAGAAACGAUAAGAUAUCUAUCGAAGAUGUUAUGGAAGCAAUCCAUCUCAAAUCAUUUGACUAUCGAGUCCUUAAUCUGAUGAUGUAUCGGCUUACUGGUCAGCAGGUCAAUGACUUGCAUAUGGAGUUCUUGUCUGUCUCAGAAUUUUUAGUUGAGAUAUGUGAUGACCUGUAUGAUUAUGAGGAUGAUGUGGUUAACAAUACUUUUAACAUCCUCCGCAUGUUUGCUGUGAUAUAUGGACCUUUAGAUGCACCAAAGAUGCUGGCCAAGUGCAUCGGUGAAGCUGAGGAAAAAUAUGAGAGCUUCUCAAAGAAAUUGGACCCUAGCAUCUCAAGAAGUUACUGGAGAAGAUGUGAGGAGGCUACAAAGGAAGGUGGAAAAAUAUCAGGCCAUGCGUAUGGCACAUGGAAUAUCCCUCCUUUGAUAAGAGAUGAAGGAUCAUUUCGCCUUGAUAGAUUGAACAGAGGUGAUGCUUCUGCCAUGACCAUCAGAUGA